UCCAAUUAUUAGAUGGAUAACUGUUCAAUGUUUAUAUCAGACUGAAAUAAAUAGAAAAUUGACUGGUUGUGAUUGUUUGUUAUUGUCAAAUAGGUCGUACCGCACAUUAUCGUAAUCUGUAAAGCCUGGAAUAUUGCAUAGAGAAAUUUAUCACUUUUGUCGUUGUUUCUGUUUCUAGUUUUUAGUCGGUAUUACAGGGCGAAAUUGCAAAAACGAAAAAAAAUUUUUUAUUAAAGGAAUGCACCCAUUGUUUACUUCUAUAUUCGCGCAUGUGCAUAAGGUUUCUUAUGAUCUUCUGCCGGUUUCACUCUAGUUGCAUAUUAAAAUUAAAAUGGAAAAUAAUAAACCGUCACCUGAAACUUUAAAAAAAGCAAUUGUAGACUCGAACGAGCCGGUGUUAUUUAAAAAUAUCAUAAACGAAACGACUAAUAAAUGUUUUUUCGAAUGUCUUGAUAUUAACAAUCUUGUUAAAUUGAUGAAUGGUACAAUAUUGCCUUUCAGAGUUGGUGACAACUUGAGAACAAACGGUCCACAAUGGGAGACAGACAGUGACACCGUUAUGAUGACUUUAGAAGACUUCUUAAAAAUUGAACUGAAUGAUAAAUGGUAUUACUUUGAUUACAAGUAUAUGUUUGAGUGGUUUGAUGAUAAACAAGAAUUAUUGGACAAUAUUAAUUGGAAUUCAUUCGGAUAUGAUAAAACUGGAAAGGAUUCGACACUGUGGAUCGGUAGCAAAGGUGCUCAUACCAUUUGUCAUCAAGAUUCAUACGGGUGUAAUUUAGUUUGCCAAAUUCAUGGAAGGAAAGAAUGGUUGCUAUUUCCGCCAGAGACAGGAAAAUUUCUGAAACGAACGAGAUUACCAUACGAAGAAUCAACAGUCUAUAGCCAAUUUAAUUUUUUCUCACCAUCAGAAGAAGAAGAGGAGAUAAUUUUAACGAUCGAUACAAAUCCAAUUGUUAUUGUAUUGGAACCAGGUGAUGUCCUACUGGUUCCUCGAGCAUGGUGGCAUUUUGUUGAGUCGUUAGAAUUGAGUGUAAGUGUCAACGUUUGGCUGCCACUGGUUGAUGAUUCCAAGGCAAGAUUGAAAGAAUCUCUUGUGAAAUUAUUUAUGACUAGAAUUGGUGAUGAUCUACCAUCGACGGACAAAUCACAAUGUUCGCUUGAAGAGUCGAUAGAUCUUAUAGGCAACUGCCUAAAAGAGUGCAGCCAUGUCCUAUCGGAAGAAUAUAAUAAUAGCUCUUGCAAUGAAAAUAUGGAAUCAGCACGAUGGACUGCUGAUAAUUUAUCGAUUAAAUAUCCAAAUUAUAUAAAAAAAUUAAACUACUUAAGCAAGGAGCAGUUCAAAAAAUUUCUAAUUGCUAAAAGAAUAAGAUUUGCUAAAUCCAUAUACAAGAAUAACGAUAAUAAUCUUUCAAGUGAUGAUUUACUACAUAAAAAUGUUUUAGAAGCAGUCGUAAAGUCAAUUUGUCAUUCAGAUGUUAUUGAUAAAAUUGCUGAUUUGUUGUUAACUAAUGAAUGAAUACACUAAAAAUCUAAGCAAAAAAAGUCAAAGGAUGGAGGCCUAUAAAAAAUUUUUAGACGGUAUGAAUAGAAAAAAUAUAAUUAAAGACCUCCAUCCUGUGACUUUUAGCCCAGAAUAUUGCUAAUAUAAAUAAAAAUGUCUAUGAAUUAUA